AUGGCGCCGCAGCGGCUCAUACUCAAGAUCGGUGCGCAGGUGAUGCUCAUCAAGAACAUAGAUGAGACGCUCGUGAACGGGUCGAUGGGCCAGGUAGUCAAGUUCCUCGACCCGUCGGACCCCAACGGUUCACUCGACGACGAGCUGCCGGGCGGGAAGCCGCUCUCGAAGAACGGCGCGGCCAAGCCCGCGAAGAAGGCGGCGGAGGUUACCCCUUGGCCUGUUGUCGACUUCCUUGGGCCUGGCGGCUCCCGCCGCCGCGUCGUCGUCCAGUCCGAGUCGUUCAAAGUGGAGCUGCCGAGUGGGGAGGUGCAGGCCAGCCGUACGCAGCUGCCCCUCAUCCUGGCGUGGGCGAUGUCGAUCCAUAAGUCGCAGGGCCAGACGUUAGAGCGCGUCAAGGUCGAUUUGGCGAAGGUGUUCGAGAAAGGCCAGGCAUAUGUCGCGCUAUCCCGGGCUACAUCGCUCGAUGGCCUACAGGUGCUGCAUUUUGACCCAGCAAAGGUCAAUGCACAUCCGAAGGUGGUUGAGUGGAGCAAGACCCUGGAGACUGUCCCAGCUCUGUGA